AGCAACCGAAGCGUCAAGUCAAAACGGCCUCCGCGCACGAGCCAAACGUGCGAAAUCCGCGUGCCACAUCAUGAAGCCCCUGGCGCGGCCGCCGCUGCUGCUGGGCGCGCUCGCGGCCGCGGCGCUGCUCUCCUACCUCCUCCUAGCGCCGCCCUUCACCGGCCGCCUCUCCUCCCUCCUCCUUCCCUUCCCCACCUCGCCCUAUGCGGGCCGCUCCAAGCUCCUCUUCCUCCUCGCCGGCCAGUCCAACAUGGCCGGCCGCGGCGCCGCGCCGUCCCCGCUCCCGCCGCCGUUCCGCCUGCACCCGCACGUGCUCCGCCUCGCCGCCUCCCGCCGCUGGGUCACCGCCGCGCCGCCGCUCCACGCCGACAUCGACACGCACAAGUCCUGCGGGCUCGGACCCGCCAUGCCCUUCGCGCACCGCCUCCUCGACGCCUCCGGCUCCCUCGUGCUGGGGCUCGUGCCGUGCGCGGUGGGCGGCACCAGGAUCUGGAUGUGGGCCAGGGGGGAGCCGCUCUACGAGACUGCCGUCGCCAGGACGCGCACCGCCGUGGACGCCGGCGGAGGGGCGCUCGGCGCCGUGCUAUGGUUCCAGGGGGAGAGCGACACCAUCGAGCUGGACGACGCCACGGCCUACGGCGCCAGGAUGGAGCGCCUCGUCGCCGAUCUCAGGGCCGAUCUCGGCAUCCCCAACUUGCUCGUCAUCCAGGUUGGCCUUGCAUCAGGAGAGGGGAAUUACACCGACAUUGUCAGGGAAGCUCAGAAAAAUAUCAACCUUCCUAAUGUCAUUCUUGUGGAUGCUAUGGGAUUGCCACUCCGAGAGGAUCAAUUACACCUCUCCACAGAAGCUCAACUCCGGCUGGGUGACAUGUUGGCGCAAGCCUAUUUAAAAUUCAACUCAUCCACAGGUUCAAGACAAUGAUGCUGAUGACGUUACUGAACCUUUUAGUUGUAGACUCAAAUGACAAAUACAUGAUUCUUUGGAAUAUUGUGUUGUAGAGUGUAGAUCAUUGUACAAGGGGAGUUAUGCCCAUGGGUCCACUGCAAAAUGUAAUAAACGGGACCGGUAGAAACUUAGCUCAAACAAUCCAAGUGUUGUGUGUUACAGGAGAAAAACAGACACCCUCCAUUAUGGAAAUACAGUUAGCAGCAUUUGUGGGAUUCUGAUGUCA